CUUUUACUCCUAUAAGACCCACGGAAUAACAAAUUUCAGUUAUCUCCUGAUUUUGCUUUGAAGUGUAAAGAUAUAUGCCAGCACGUGGGUUAAACACUUAUUGGAUUGCUAAACAGUUUAUGGAUUUCUUUAGUAACAAUUAACUCUAUUGUAUACUCUGCAUAAAAACUAAUAUAGAAGGAAAAGGAUCAUACGCGAAAACAAAAGUAAAAAGCAGACGUUUGAAAGUUUCAAUUUAGGAUUUUAAAAGUCAUAGUAUUAUAAACAAAAAAUCUUGUCAUUUUUCAAAUUUAAGACAUGGUCGCUAUUAAUUUAUUCAUACUUCUCGGAUUUCUGGCGUGCUUCCGGUUAACAGAUGGAUCCCGGUUCCGGUCUAAUGCUGGGUCUCGUUUUGGUUCCUUCCGCAGACCAGAAGCACUUGAAACAUGCAACACAAAAAGGAUAGAAAUGGACAUUACCAGGACUCUAUCGGUUACUUACAACGGCGUGCAAAAAACCGUGGAAUGUGUAGCCAGACCUUUUGUGAAUGAGUGUGAGGGGGUAUGUCAAUCUAAAGCCGAGCCAAAUGUUAGCACAUUCCCAGAUCUUAAAAAGGAUUGCAAAUGCUGCAAAGAAGGGCGUCUUUUAACCAGACAAGUCGUCCUAAACGAAUGCUACGAAAAUGGCGUCCUGUUACCGGGUCUUCAACCUUCAACGUCCAUCACAGAACCAGCGGAUUGUGCUUGUUUCCCGUGCAGAAAUUAGAAGCUUUAGUUAUAAUUUUCUUCUUAAGCUGAGUAUUCUAAGAUUGGAAAACAUUAAUAAUCAUUCUGUGUUAUGACAAACUACAACUGUCUUAUUCAAAAAUGUGCUGCACAUCUGUGUUAGAUAGAUAUUGUUUUUAAAUAAUUAACAUGGGAUGAAGAUAUGAAAAGCAGACAGAUGAUUGUUCAAUGAAAGGUUGGAAAGAUGACUGAACUGCACAGUUCAGCAACAAUGCUGUCUUUCAGUGAACUAAAUUUCGUAGUUUGACCUGAUGACAUUUAAUAUGAAAAUGAUUUAUAUUUUUUGUUAUACCUGUAAUUUAAGUGUUAAAACAUGUAGCCGUUUACCAGCUGGCUGUUGGACUUUCGAACAUAACAUGUGGAACAGAUGUUGUAGUUCGGCUGUUUUUGAUGAGCUUGUUUUUUAAGUAAAUUUUGAAAACAACAUUUAUUUAAUGUAUUUACGUAAUG